AACACCUUGCUGAGAUCAAGUCCGUAUGCGUCGAACUUCAUGAAGGUUUUCCUGAGAUUUAUCUUGUGAAACAAAAGUUGUUUUGAAACAGACGUUAUGAUCGUCGUUUUUGUGGGACAGUGCCACGAAGACACCCAGGGCACAUGGCAAUGGCCGUGUUUCUACAUUCUGUCUUGAUCACCACAGCAGUGCUACUAUCAGUAUCACAAUGUGCAGCUCUACAAUUCACAACACAUCCGCAAAGAAGAGAGGUCACAGCAGGUAACCCGGCCACCUUCGUCUGUGGAGUACAGGACAGUUCUGUCAACCCACAGGUAGCCUGGCUGAAAGAUGGCGAGGUUCUACCACCUGGAAACCACUAUGAUGUCGAUACUGCCAACUACACUACAGCAUUGACUCUCAGCAGUCUCGAUUUCUCUCAGACAACCAUUGCCGACAGAGGAUUCUACAGAUGUAAAGCAUGGCACAGGGAUGUGGUCAUCUACUCAGAGACAGCUCAACUGGUUGUUUUUGGUCUUCCAACUAUUAUCAAUAAUCCGAGGUCCCUGAAUGUGACCCCAAAUACUCCGUUCAGCCUGCAGUGUGAGGGGGUGGGGCCCCCUGAGCCAGUCACCAUCACCUGGUACAAGGAUGGGCAGGUUGUUGCCACUGCUCUGCCCUCUCCAUCUACUUAUUCUUUUACUGGUGUGACAACCAGGACUAGGAUCAGAUGUGUUGCUGAAAACAGAAAUGGAAGAACUCCUUCUCAGUUCUCAACUGUCAACAUUAUAGUGGCUCCAUCUGUGCCAACCAGCUUAGCUGUAUCUGAUGCCACCUCCACCAGUCUGAGGGUGUCCUGGUACCUCAGCCAUGAUGGUUACUCACCUGUCACUCAGGCCAUUGUAGAGUUUGCAGAAACCAGUAACAAGGGCCCGGAUGGUUCUUUGCAAUGGAACAGGACAAAAGUAGAAACCAGCUCUCCUAACAGUGUUGUCAUAUACAACCUGAAGCCGUACACAUCUUACACCAUCCAUGUUGCUCUGAAGAAUGACAUUGGGCAGUCAGGCUGGAGUGACUAUGUUGUUGGCAGAACAGCAGAAGGUGUCCCCAGUGCUGCUCCAGGCUCUGUCCAUAUCCAGCCAUCGGGUUCUGGAGCUGACAUGGAGGUGUCCUGGAGUCACGUGGCCACGGCAGACGUGAAUGGAAUCUUACAGGGGUACAGGGUGGGGUUCACUGAUGCAGCCGGGGGUGGAGAGAGGGUGGAGGAUGUAAGGUCAUCAAACUCUGUCAUCCUGAGGGGGUUGGACCCGACCGCUAACUACAGUGUGCAGGUGUGGGCACUUACCCUGGUGGGGGAUGGGGUCAGGAGUAAUCCCAUCAUGCUAUAUGGCACAGGAUCUGGUGGCUCUUUUAUAGUUGGAUAUCCAGCAGAAGACACAUCCCCCUCUAGCGACAUGGCCAGUGGGAACCAGUGGAGUGUGAAGAAGAUGGACCUGAUCAUUGGAGGCUCCAUAGCAGGGUUGAUUCUCACCAUGGUUGUGUUGACAUAUGCCUGCUGUAAGUGUCACCGGAAAAGGAGAGCCAAGGCCAGCAGCAAAAGAGAUCCAGAGACAGCCAGUACUGUUCCCAUGAUGCAGCAUAGUACACCUGUCAAGUCCAAGGCAGCCAAGAGUUUCUCAAAGAAGCUCGCUGCUGAAGUGUCAUCCUUCCGCCUGUCCCCUGCCCUGACAGAGAGUGUUGUAAGUGUGCUGCUCAACAGGGAAAGGUUAGAAGUCGGGAAAGUUGUAGGAGAAGGUGAGUUUGGGUGUGUGACAGAAGCCAAACUGAGACUGGAAGGGAACAGGUACAUGACUGUGGCUGUCAAAACAAUGAAGAGUAGGAGCAGUAAGCAGGAGGUGGAGGCCUUCGUCACCGAGGCGCUGAGGAUGAAGGAUUUCCAUCAUCCCAACAUCAUGAGCCUUAUUGGCUUGAUUAUGGAACCCCCUGAGACUAGAUUUCUGCCAGUGAAAGCCAUGGUGGUGCUGCCCUUCAUGAAGCAUGGUGACCUUCACACCUUCUUGCUGCGCUCCAGACUGGCGGACAAACCAAAGUUUGUGCCAAUCCAGACCUUGCUGAAGUUUUCAGUGGACAUAGCCAAAGGCAUGGAGUACUUGGGACAGAUGGAGUUCUUACACAGAGACCUGGCUGCAAGAAACUGCAUGUUGGAUGAGCAGCUUGUAGUGAAGGUUGCAGACUUUGGCCUGUCCAGAAAAAUCUACUGUGAGAACUACUACAGACAGGGCAGCAUGGUCAAGGUGCCGGUCAAGUGGCUGGCCUUGGAGAGUCUGGCGGACAGGGUGUACACUACACAGAGUGAUGUGUGGUCGUUUGGUGUGACCCUGUGGGAGAUCAUCACCAGAGGAGCCACGCCCUACCCAGGAGUGGCCAACCACGAGGUGUACGACCUCCUACUGAAGGGCAUGAGACUGCAGAAACCCAGGGACUGCUCCGACCAGCUCUAUCAGAUCAUGUACAGUUGCUGGCGAGUAAGUCCGAAGCACCGCCCGAGUUUCAAUUUCCUGGUGAGGAAGUUGCACACCAUGUUGAGUGCCAUGCCCCCACCCCCAUCCAUAGACAACUCCUUCUAUGAGAACACCAGUAAUGUCAUCAAACUCACCGACUCAGAAGCCUGUUUCCAGGACACAGAGUGCUAGCAGAGGGCCAGGAUAACAGGAGAGAUGGAUGUACACACAGCUUUACAUCACCCCACACAUUAUUUUGGAGCCUGUGUUGUCAAUUUUUGUUGAAUAUGAAAAUUAUCAUUUGAAACGUGCACAAAGUUACAUUUUUGUCUGUCCCCAAAAGCAAAUUUUUGUUCCAAGAUAGGUCCUGCAGCUGUCCUAUCAUCCCUCGGACAUUCCUGUAUGUUGCAUGUUGUAUUAGAAGGCUUACUCAAAAUGACAGGACUGACUGACUGACUUACUUACAGGACUGACAAUAAGCCAUUUCACAGCUUGAACUGCCCAAUAGCCAUUUGAUGUGUAUUAUGUUUCAGUUCAAACUCCCACACCCAUCUACACAAUGUAUUAAGUAUGGUCUAGACAAGAACUGAGUACAAGAUUAUUACAGACCUUCACCCUUGACCUCACCUAUAGGCAGUUCCAAUGCUGAAGGGCGGUUAUACCGAUUUUGUAGAUACAGAAACAAACCAAACCUUGAAUCAGCUUAUAUAUCCAGGUUUGACAAUGAAUGUGUGCUAAGGAGCUGGGAAGUGAUCAUUGAUAGGAAUAUGCGUUAACGAGAAAAGAUACAGGGUGCGUGCUGAAGGCAAGAAAUGCCUUGCAAUCUGAGACAAGUUACAUUGUAUGUAUGAGAGAUUCUAUGUAUGGCAAAGGGUUUUGAAUUUUAGCAUAAUUAAACAGUAACUGCCACAAACAUCCCCAGAAACUAACAAAUACUGCCAGAUAUAAGCUUGAAGACACCUGUUGCAAUAGUUGUUUUACUCAUCCCAGUAUUUUGGAAAAGCAGAUCAAAAUGUUGUUCCAAAUGGAGUGCAGUAAUUUUCAUUACAAAUGAGCCAGAAUUCUCUGUUGAGGGCAGUUGGACCUAUACAGUGCUUUUAAUAAUGGCUGCAAUUUUGUCUUGUGUUAUGAAUGACUGGAUAAUGAUCUAAAUUUAACUUGUAGAUAAUACCAUACAGUUAUAGUCUAGGCCAGUCAGUCAUAAGUUGCAUUGUACUGAAAAUGAAAUGUGUAAAGUAAUGUACAAAAAUAUGUAAGUAGAGAAAUGAAAUAUAAACUUUUUUGUAAUGAGGCAUUGCUUUGCAAAUGCUGCUAUAUGAGAUAGAAUAUUUCUUCUUUAGAUGCAAAGGUAUUUGACACUGUAUACUUUCAUAUAUUUAAUAUAAUCACAACACAUGACUUUUAUACCUGUAAAACUUAAAUGUUUUAUUGUCAUCACUUCAUUUGUAUAUUUGUACAUUUGCAUAUAGAAUUUGCAGCAUUCUUGUGAGCCCUGUCAUAAAUGUUUCUUGUACUUGAAGAAGCUGCUGUGCUUUCCUUAGCUUGUUGACUGGUACAUAUAGUUCCAUGAUAGUCCUUGUAUAUUGUCUUGUUGGAAGCGUUAAUGACUGUGUACUUUUGCAACAUUCUUGCUGCUUCAGUUAUUCAUUACUACAUUUUAUAAUUGGUUUUUGUUUACUAGCUUACCUUGUAAUGGAGUAUCCUUUUAUCAAUCAGUGCUCCUUUUCUUAUGAAUAAAGCUGCCUCAAUGCCUUAA